AGGAGAAGCAUGGUAUACAGUGUGAGGAGGAGGUAAAGUUAAACCGGCGCCGUUUACGCACGGUGGAGAGCGCUGUUGCGCAACGAUGCGCAGCCAUCCAGAAGAUGCGCAUUGUCCCUGGCGUAUGGAGAUCAGUUCUGGGGGAACUAGUUUAAGGCUCUUGUGUUCAUUUCCACUGUUGAGGAUCUAAAUCUGCUUUGGUUUGUCUCGAAAAACAUGGAGUGACGCGUUGAACAGGGGCUUCGUAUAUUUUUGCGCACCUGUCAGGAAGGAUGCCCGAGCGAAGAUGUGCAACAGUCGGAAGAUCAUCUGGAGUUUGUUGUUUCUGUCGGUUCUGGAGAUAGGACUCGGGGUGUCCAGCGUCGUUCUGGGCGCGGUGGGCAUCUGGCGGGUUAAAGCGGAGCACAAACCCCAACAGGGCGACGCAUCUCCGGUAUGGAGCGGAGCGUGUUUUCUUAUCUGUGGAUUGUGUGGCAUGCUGUGUGCACGGAAGAGAACAGGACUGAUUAUGAUUGCGUUUUCCUCCUGCUGUAUCUGUGGUUUAAUCGGGGGAAUCCUGAACUUUCAGUUUGUCCGUGCGCUGCUGAAGCGGCAGGACGCCAUGCGCUCUCUUCAUCUGGCCAUCAUGUCUCUGGCGUGUCUCGGGAUCAGCAGCUGCACGCUGUCCACCUGGCUGACCUGCAGGCUGGCCAGCAGCGAGCAGCAGCGCAUGUUCCUGGAGAGAGAACAUUCACUGCAUCACUCUCACGAAAUGGCAGAGAAGGUACGCCUGGAGCCGGAGGUUUUGGAUAACACCAGUAACGGCAUCUCGCAAAUCUCCUUCAACGGACUGAGCGCAUCCCCGUGAGCACACUCCCCACACACUCCUAACAGCACAGUUCUUCCAUCUGAUUGGCUGGGACAAGCUGACGGUUCUACAUUCGGAUUGGCUGAGCAUGCGGACCGUUCUUUUGAUUGGCAUAGGCAGGCUGACAGCAGUGACAGGAUAUCCUGUGCAUGUGUAUGUUCAGAGAGCCAAUAGGUGAGAUAACAGUACUGAUUGGACAGGUGACACCUGGUGACCUCAGCAGAUAUCAGUACUGAAGUAUUUGAUAACCAGCGUACAGAAAACAGACUAUUUCUAUUGAGUACAAUAGACAAAUAAGCAUGCUCUCUCUCUCUCUCUCUCUCUCUCUCUCUUGAUAUCUAGAUAAAGGGAAUGUUGAAUCUGAAAUUGUAAUCCUGAUAUUGUACUGUAUGGUAUACUGAAUGCAUUUAUCCUGACCGUAAAAAGUGCACACUUUA